CGCCCGGGCCGAGCUGUGGCUGUGGUGGCGGCGGCGGCGGUAGUGGUGGCGGCGGCGUUGGCGGCGGCGACGGCGCCCGGGCAGCAGCGGCAGCGGCAGCGGCAGCCCUGAGCAGGGUGAGACGGCCGCGGUGGCGGCAGCUCGGGGUCGGGCGGCGCCUGGAGCUUCCCGCCCGUCGCUGGCGCUAGGCCCCUCGGCUCUCCUCCGCCCGCUCCUCCUCACGGCCCUGGCUGGGUCCCGGCAGCGCGCCCCCGGGGAGGGCGGAGCUGUAGAUAUGGUGUAAGCUAUUUCUUCAAGAUUGGACAGCUGAGGACCUGGUAUUUCUGAUUAGCCUUCAGCAGACUUAUAGCCAUAGAGAAACCUCACAGAGUUCCGUAUCUUGUUUUCUGCUUUACACCUUUCGUGGCACCUGAAUUCAUCUUGCAACCAUGUAUGGAAGUGCUCGCUCAGUUGGGAAGGUGGAACCAAGCAACCAGAGCCCUGGGCGAUCACCUCGGCUUCCACGUUCCCCUCGCUUGGGUCAUCGUCGAACCAAUAGUACAGGAGGGAGUUCUGGAAGCAGUGUCGGAGGUGGCAGUGGGAAAACCCUUUCAAUGGAGAAUAUCCAGUCCUUAAAUGCUGCCUAUGCCACUUCUGGCCCUAUGUACCUAAGUGACCAUGAAAAUGUGGGUUCAGAAACACCUAAAAGCACCAUGACACUUGGCCGUUCUGGAGGACGUCUGCCUUAUGGUGUGAGGAUGACUGCUAUGGGCAGUAGCCCCAAUAUAGCUAGCAGUGGGGUUGCUAGUGACACCAUAGCAUUUGGAGAGCAUCACCUCCCUCCUGUGAGCAUGGCAUCCACCGUUCCUCACUCUCUUCGUCAAGCAAGAGAUAACACAAUCAUGGAUCUGCAGACACAGCUGAAGGAAGUAUUAAGGGAAAAUGAUCUCUUGCGAAAGGAUGUGGAAGUAAAGGAGAGCAAAUUAAGUUCUUCAAUGAAUAGCAUCAAGACCUUCUGGAGCCCAGAGCUGAAGAAAGAACGAGCCCUGAGAAAAGAUGAAGCUUCCAAAAUCACUGUUUGGAAGGAACAGUAUAGAGUUGUGCAGGAGGAAAACCAGCACAUGCAAAUGACAAUCCAGGCUCUCCAGGAUGAAUUGCGGAUCCAGAGGGACCUGAACCAGCUGUUUCAACAGGACAGUAACAGUAGGACUGGUGAGCCUUGCGUGGCAGAGCUGACGGAGGAGAACUUUCAGAGGCUGCACACUGAGCAUGAGCGGCAGGCCAAGGAGCUGUUCCUCCUUCGAAAGACUCUGGAGGAGAUGGAGCUGCGGAUUGAGACUCAGAAGCAAACCCUGAACGCUCGGGACGAAUCCAUCAAGAAGCUUCUGGAGAUGUUGCAGAGCAAGGGGCUUUCUGCUAAGGCUACUGAGGAGGACCAUGAGAGAACAAGGAGACUGGCAGAGGCAGAGAUGCAUGUCCACCACCUCGAAAGCCUUUUGGAGCAGAAGGAAAAAGAGAACGCUCUGUUGAGAGAGGAGAUGCAUCGGAGAUUGGAGAAUGCCCCCGAUUCUGCCAAAACUAAAGCUCUGCAAACUGUUAUCGAAAUGAAGGAUUCAAAAAUUUCCUCUAUGGAGCGUGGGCUCCGAGACUUGGAAGAGGAGAUUCAGAUGCUGAAAUCGAACGGGGCUUUGAGUACUGAAGAACGAGAGGAAGAAAUGAAACAAAUGGAGGUCUAUCGGAGCCAUUCUAAAUUUAUGAAAAACAAGGUAGAGCAACUGAAGGAGGAGCUAAAUUCGAAAGAGGCUCAAGGGGAGGAGCUGAAAAAGAGAGCGGCUGGUCUUCAGGCCGAGGUCUUUGCCAUUGGUCAGGUGAAGCAGGAGCUGUCCAGAAAGGACACAGAACUACUAGCCCUACAGACAAAGCUAGAAACACUCACCAACCAGUUCUCAGACAGCAAGCAACACAUUGAAGUGCUGAAGGAGUCCUUGACUGCUAAGGAGCAGAGGGCCGCCAUCCUGCAGACCGAGGUGGAUGCUCUGCGGUUGCGUUUGGAAGAGAAGGAAACCAUGCUGAAUAAGAAGACAAAACAAAUCCAGGACAUGGCUGAGGAGAAGGGGACACAAGCUGGGGAGAUCCAUGACCUCAAGGACAUGCUGGAUGUGAAGGAGCGGAAAGUUAAUGUCCUUCAGAAGAAGAUUGAAAAUCUCCAAGAGCAACUUAGAGAUAAGGAAAAGCAGAUGAGCAGCUUGAAGGAGCGAGUCAAAUCCUUGCAGGCUGACACCACCAACACUGACACCGCCUUGACUACUUUGGAGGAGGCCCUUGCCGAGAAGGAGCGGACAAUCGAACGCUUAAAGGACCAGCGGGACCGAGAUGAGCGAGAAAAGCAGGAGGAAAUUGAUAACUACAAAAAAGAUCUUAAAGACCUGAAAGAAAAAGUCAGCCUAUUGCAAGGCGACCUCUCAGAGAAAGAGGCUUCACUCUUGGAUCUGAAAGAGCAUGCUUCUUCCCUGGCUUCCGCAGGACUGAAAAAGGACUCACGGCUUAAGACACUAGAAAUUGCUUUGGAGCAGAAGAAGGAAGAGUGUCUGAAGAUGGACUCGCAGUUAAAAAAGGCACACGAGGCAGCAUUGGAAGCCAGAGCCAGUCCAGAGAUGAGUGAUCGAAUACAGCAAUUGGAGAGAGAGAUUGCCAGGUACAAAGAUGACUCUAGCAAGGCCCAGGCAGAAGUUGACCGCCUCUUGGAAAUCUUGAAGGAGGUGGAAAAUGAGAAGAAUGACAAAGAUAAGAAGAUUGCUGAGUUGGAAAGGCAAGUGAAAGACCAGAAUAAGAAGGUAGCAAACCUGAAGCACAAGGAGCAGGUGGAGAAGAAGAAAAGCGCGCAGAUGCUGGAGGAGGCCCGGCGCAGGGAGGACACCCUCAGCGACAGCUCCCAGCAGCUGCAGGACAGUCUCCGUAAGAAGGAUGACAGGAUUGAAGAGCUGGAAGAAGCACUAAGAGAAAGUGUACAGAUAACUGCAGAGCGAGAGAUGGUGCUGGCACAGGAGGAGUCAGCCAGGACCAGUGCUGAAAAACAGGUGGAGGAGUUACUGAUGGCCAUGGAGAAGGUAAAACAGGAGCUGGAGUCCAUGAAGGCAAAGCUGUCCUGCACUCAGCAGUCACUGGCAGAGAAGGAAACUCAUUUGACCAACCUUCGGGCCGAGAGAAGAAAACACUUAGAGGAAGUUCUGGAGAUGAAGCAGGAAGCCCUUCUGGCCGCCAUCAGUGAAAAAGAUGCCAAUAUAGCUCUUCUGGAGCUUUCAUCCUCAAAGAAGAAGACCCAAGAAGAAGUAGCUGCCCUGAAGCGGGAGAAGGACCGGCUCGUGCAGCAGCUCAAGCAGCAGACACAAAAUCGAAUGAAGCUCAUGGCCGACAAUUAUGAGGAUGACCACUUCAGAUCCUCCCAUUCCAGUCAAACCAAUCAUAAACCCUCCCCAGACCAGAUCAUCCAGCCCCUCUUAGAACUUGACCAAAACAGAAGCAAACUAAAGUUGUACAUUGGACACCUGACAGCCCUCUGCCAUGACCGAGACCCCCUGAUCCUUCAAGGACUCACUCCACCAGCUUCCUAUAACUUGGACGAUGACCAGGCAGCAUGGGAGAAUGAGCUGCAGAAGAUGACCCAGGAACAGCUUCAGAACGAGUUAGAGAAGGGUGAGCGGGACAGCUCAGAGCUACAGGAGUUUGCCAAUGCCAUCCUGCAGCAGAUAGCAGACCACUGCCCCGACAUCCUGGAGCAGGUGGUCAGCGCCCUGGAAGAGUCAUCGUGACCGUCUCCGUGGGGAGCGGCCAGCCCAGUAGCCCGCUUGAUGAGCCCAGGAGCCGAGAAAGGAGAAGUACGAGGAGGGGGCGCUCAGACGGCUCUUGGCAGCGAACACACACUCCAGACUCUGCCCUGUCUUGGUUAAUCCCGCGAGUGUGUCUCCAGCACCGUUUCUGCGUCUGUCUUCCUAUCUUCCGCUGUUGUCUCUGCGCUGAUUGUCCUGCUGUCCAGGGUGGGUGAGUGGCCGAGCCUCCGUGGAGAGCUGCCAUCCAGCCAUCAGCAGUGACACCGUGGACGCGGGCGGCUGUGCCCUGACAGAGGGACACGGGGGAGAGCCCUCCUCCCUUCUGUCCGUGGCGUGAGGACUAAGUCUGGACCCUGCAGAGCCCAGCUCACUGAGAGACGCCUUCCCUGCAGACCAGGGUGCUGCGUGUUCUAAUGUCACAACAGGUGCUUUCUCGUAAAAGGGUAAAAAAGACAAAAAACAAUCUCAAAAAGAGUGUUAAAAAAAGAGACGGUGGGGAGAGAGAGCAGGGACAGAGAGCCGACCGACUCUUCUCUUUCCCACCGUCCUGGUUGCUCUCCACGAGGGCCGCCUGUGCGGGACUGCAGGCGGGCUGCGCCGGGGCUCGGAGAUCCUGGCCUCCGGGCCUCACUGGUCCCUGCGCUUCUCCUAGCCUCUGGCGCGAGUCCCUCUCAUUGAGGACCUUUGGCUUGGUGUGUCAGAUCACAUCUGUCACUGACAGAGAAGAGGGCAGUGUGGUCACCCCUGCAGCUCUGCUUUUGUGGAAGGCGACCGGUCCUCGGGGUCAGGCCGGCUUCUCCCAAACCCCUCCCUCGUCAGCAGUCUAGGCCCCAAAGCAUGCUUCUGCCUCGCCCCAGCGCCCGUGCUCCCUGCUCAGCGGCCCAGCCUCCCCCCUUCAGCUUUCCUCCUGGUCCAGAGCUUCUGCUUCGGAUGAGUGUUUCUCAUCCCACACGCGUUCCUUCCCCCUUUCUUUCAUUCAGAUAAUCGUUAUGAAGUGCCUACUGUGUGCAAGUCGCUGUCGGGCACCCAUUCUGGAAGAAAGCCUCUCUGCAGGGAGGGAGGGCAGUCGAGGAUUCUGUGAGACCCACCUGGUCAAGUCAGAACAGUACAAGGCAUACCCUUCCCCUCCCCCAUCUUAAUAGAAGGUAUCUUUUCCAGAAAAAUCUUCCACAAAUCAGCAUUUCUCGUUAUAAUGGAAUUUAUGGGUCGUGGGGGGCAGAGGGCUGAGUCACUCGCCUGCAGGAUCCCAUCUGGUGACUCAGGAUUCGGGGUUUUGUCCCCUGAGAGAGUGGACUGUUUAAUGGGCUGCGCAACGGUGGAUGGUGUUUUCUCUACACGUCCAGGCGCACCUUGUCGAACUCGGCCAGGUCCAUGUUGCAAAUCAGAAAAUUGACCCCAAAUUUGCAAAUCCUGUGGAAGGUAUUGACAUCUUCCCCGAGCGUAGACAAUGGCAGUCUUAAGUAUCAGGCACCGAGAAGUAGACCACUUCACCCAGCUC